GAAUUUUGCAAGCGGUGUUUGUAAACUAAUGGAGAUAUAAAUGAGAUAACUUUUGCUUAUACUGUUUUAUUCGGAUAUUAGGAGGUUUCUUUUAAAUAUUAAGUAUGGCUGCAGCCACAGUAGUUAUUGAAGAAAAAAGUGACGCUGUUGAUAGACAAAAAGUUUGUCCGUUUUUACUAAGAGUUUUCGUUUCCUCAAAUGGUUCCCACCACAAACCGGCUGAUUACAUUAAAGGAAACACUCCUCAAAAUGAACUACAAAUUUACACUUGGAAGGAUGCUACUCUACAUGAGCUAACUCAAUUAGUGAAAGAAGUCAAUCCAGAAGCUAGACGAAAGGGAACAAAAUUUAGUUUUGCUUUUGUGUACCCAGAUAUGAGACAGUCUGUGUAUAGAAUAAGAGAAAUUGGAAAUACAGUAACUGGUGUGAAAGGACCAGACGAUUUUAAGACAUUGGGUCUCUUAAGGCUUAAUAUUGGUGAUUAUCUUGAUAUUGCUAUCACCUCUCCAGACACUUGGAAUUCUGCAAGGAAAGGGUAUUCAAACAAUUAUAAUUCUAGGUCUAGACAAUAUUAAUAUGUAUAUUAUAGAAAUACUAUUUUCUACAUAUUUAUUUAUAUUCUUUCCUGAAUUUUGUAAGUAAUACGCUGAAUGGCUUGUUUCUUAAUGCAUGUUUUAAGUAAUUUGUUUAAAAAUUAGUAAUAUGUAUACUAUAAUAUACUGUAUCUAAACGAAAAUUUGUACCCCCACCCUUGUUGGGAUUUUUUUUAAUUGAUUAAUUAGUUACUGACAUCCAUUCUAUUGCACUUCUUGGAACAAUCCACCUUAUGGGAAAAAACACUUCAGGAUCAUCAGGAUGAAGUUAAUUUUUAUAAUUCUAUGAACAUUAGUGCAUGAAACACCAAUAGUUUCAGAUAUUUUUUUGUUAGACGAAAUGGGAUCAAUUUGCACAAGAACGUAACUGCAACUUCAAUAUGUUCAUUUUAAAUUAGAUAACUUACUUCAUGUCUGAUGCUGUUACCUGAACCAGUAGUAGUAGCUUAAACUUUUGUCUGGAUGAUUUUGAUUAAAAACUCAUGCUAUGGCUUUGGACAAUCAUUAUUAUAAAAGUAUGUGACAACUAUUUUCAGUGAUUCUUCUUUGGUAUUUUACCAGAAGGUGAGCAAUCUUUUAACUGUGGCAAAUAAGUUUAUUUUAACAAUAAAAUGUGAUUUGUUGGUAACUAGAAUUGUUGUAAGAAUUAUUUUUGCAUUCAAAUUGCUACCCAUCGAUAUAAAAAUUUACCAGCUUUUUUAUUUUGGUUAAGACAUUUACUUUGUAGAAUUUUAGGGGUACACAUUUUUGUUCGGAUACCAUGUGUAUCUAUUACUUGUAAAAAUUUGUCAAGACCUGAGUUUUGUAACUGUCUAAAAUAAAAGUAACUAUUUUU